AUGCAUCUCGUUCCUGAGACUGUCAAAUCUAUCGACCUCAUCGAGGAGCUCAUGAUGGAGAGAGCCGCCUUGAAUGCCAGUCUCGACGAGACCAACAAAAAGAUUGCUGCGGCUCAGGAAGCCUUUGAGAAUGAGAAGCAGCAGCACAUUAAGAUGGAGGCCGACAACAAGAAGCGCAUCAUCCAAGCCUUGAAUCGUGAGCCGAUUGAGCUUAUGGCAAACGAGCACCACGUUCACCGCCCUGCCGCUUCUGGCCGCACCGGCAGCGCUACGACGACUGAAUAUACCAACAACAUCGAGGGCAUUAAUAACGUCAGCCCUAUCAAGGACACCGUUGACGAUUGCUGCUGGCAACCUAUCUCUAGAGCGUCCAAGGACGCCUUGUCUGGCUCGAAGGGUAUCAAGUCUGGGCGUUCAACUCUGUCCGACAUCUCUUCCCUUGAGGACACCUCUGUCAAUCGCAACUCUCCCUUGUUCCACCGUUCCGUCAGCCUGUCAAAGGAGACGCCUGUCUUUGAUCAGGUGCUCCCCAGCGACAACACCGCUGCUUUCAUGGCUCACAUCAUGCAUGAACUCAAGAACGAGCUCAAGAAGGAGCUUCAGGCAAGAGUCGACGGAGAAUUCAAGCGCUCAAUCGAAGAGCGUCUCAUCCAGGAGCUCUCUCAGGAGCUCACCGGCGACAUCAAGGGCCGCCUCUACUAUGAGCUCAGAGAGGAGCUGAAGCGUAUCCUCAAGCGCGACAUCACGUUCAAGGUCAAGCAGGACGUCAAGCGCGAGAUGAGACUUGAGAUGGUUAGCCAGCUAAAGUACGACAUCAUGGAGGACGUCAAGGGCAGUGUCAUUGCCGAGCUUAAGGAGAUCCAGAACGAAGUCAACAAUGAGCUGAAGAAUGAGAUCAAAGAAGAGGUCUUCAACAGAAUCAAGGUCGCUCUCACGCAAGAUGCCCUGGACCAGCUCAAAGACACCAUGAAGGGAGAGAUCAAGAACGAUGUCUCUAAGAUUGUGCACGACGCCCAGCGAGCCAUUGGCACCACUCCUGCGGCCAAGACUGAGGAGCACAUGCUCCCUGCUAUUCGAGGUGCUGUUCCUAUCAUUCAAGAGUGUGUCGUCGCCAACUUGCAGGACGCUCUCGACUUCUACUUCAAGAACCAGCUUUUCAAGCAGAUGGAUGAUGCCAUCAAGAAGAAGACCGGCGAUGACUCUCAGUGGAUGCUUUCUCAGAUCGAGGCGUUGGUCCCCGUUACCGUUGCUGCCGAGGUUACCAAGGUCAAGGACGCUAUGAAGACCGAUCUGCACAAGGAUGUGAAGGCCGAGAUCGAGGAGGACUUUGGAGAGAAUAUGGAGGGUCUAGCCCGUGAUGUUGUUCAGGAGGAGCUUGAGGCCUUUGAGACGCGUACCCAGCCGAACACAACUUAUGUGUACCAUAUGUGA